AACACUCUUAUUUGUGACUCCGGCACGGAUGAACGUGCGGCGCGUAGUUGGCUCUUCGUCUUUGUAGGUUUUGGCUGUUUCCCGCCCAACAAAAAAAUAAAAAACAAAUCAAAUUAAAUUAAUAUGAAAUAAUCUGAAAUUUCAUAACUAGGCAAAGACGACAACAAUACAAUUAUAGUUACCAAAAAAAUAAGCAGAAACCACAAAAUUCCGGUCGGACUAAUUUAAAAAAAAAUAGAGAGUACCAAAAAUCAAUUACAAGUGCAAAAAAUAAAAUAUUUCUUUAAAUCGGACACGCCACUAAAAAUAAGCAGAAAUACAAAAUUCUAGACAUUUCUCAAAAUUCUUUCAAUUCUUACGACUAACUCGGCACAUCAGCCGAAAGUCUUCGAGCAAAGUUUCUCUGCUCAGAAUAAGUGAAUGUGAAGUUACGAAAAAAAAAAUAAUAAAGUAACGCAGCAGAAUUAAAUACCGCUACAAGUUGAGACAAUUGUUAGCUCUAAUUGCGAGUGGCUUCGUUGUGCGAGUGUGUGUGUCAAAUACAGCAGUGCAAAAGGAAAGACGGAGGAGAGCAAUAGAUGCAGCUUCUUCGCUGCUGCAAGCAUAAUAGAAGAAGCUUCAAAAAGAAGAGAAAACAUUACUCUACGCGGCGGCUCGACGUAAAAGUUUUAGUGUGAAUAUUUUUUUUGUUCUUGCUAGCAGUGAGCUUCGUGUACACUGUUAUAAUUUUUUUUCGGGUGUCUUUUUUUUUAUGCUGUUCUGUUACAAUUUCAAGUGUGCAAAAAAAAAAGCAGAAGCGGAAGCAGCAUUUAACAAGCAACAGUUACAAAUCUGGAUUAAAUAUUUAAUUUCCUUUACGGGACAUAUACGCAGUUAAGUUUUCAGCUGAAACUGUGCUAUAUAAGGAACCCCACUUCUCACUCAGGACAAGAUUAAUAAAUAUAACAGUCGAAAGAUGACGACCGUUUGCAAUGGGGGCAUUAUCACGGGCUGCGACUACGACUAUGACGAUUGCCCUACCCUUGACGACAUCGAAUUGAAUGACCUACUUGACUGCGGCAUGCCCAAUUUGAACGAUCUGGUGGACAGGCUGCCCAGCAUACAGAACGAUGUGGAGAGAAUCGCGGCCAAUCGGACGCAUUCGAUGAGCAUCUCGCACCACGACGAUUUCGAUUUCGACUUGGACAUAAAGCCCGAGAUACGCAAUGUGGACUGCAUGUGGUCCGUGUUCGCCAGCAACAUGGCCAAUUGCAUUGGCAACAGCGGCAGCAUCCUCAACAACAAACACAGCAACAACAACAACAACAACAGCAAUUCGGCUGCGUCCAGUUAUAGCGAGAGCAGCGCUGUGCCGCCAGCCUUUGUUACAGGCAACACGCUGCUAAUCAAACGCGAACCGGAGGAGGAGGAGGAGGAGGAGCAAGCGGAUCAGGAAAGUGGCUGCAGAGGUGACAACAACAGCAGCAGUAGUAGAAAAAGCAACGGAAGCAGCAACAGCAACAGUUGCAGGUCAACUGGCAAAGCGACAGCAGCAGCAGCAACAACAGCAGCAACAACAACAGCAACACCAACAAUUUCGAUACCAAGUCGAGUGCUCCACAUUGAACCGUAUAUACCGCCAGGGACUUCGCUGUUGCGCAAGAGCAAUACACAGCACAAGCAGCAGCAACUGUUGCAACAACAGCAGCAGCAACGUCUUAUCAACUUGGCUACCGCCACCAACAGCAGCAACAAUAACAGCAGCAACAACAGCAACAACAACAACACAAGCAACCUCACAAAUGCCUGCUUUGUGUUGCCCGAUGAUGAGAUAUUGCCCGAAUUCCGUCACAAUGUGGAUCUGCGCGCCUGCGUCAUGGGCAGCAACAAUAUUGCGCUAACGAGCAGCGCGGAUGCCAUCGAUCAUCUCAGCCGGGAGCUGCAGAAUACGAGCAAGGAGCGCAUCGAUCUGCCGUAUCGGCUCUCGACUGCUCCGCAGUUCAGCGAUGUGCUCGAGGUGCUUAAUCAGCAGUCGGAGCAGUCGGCGGCAGCAAAGGCAGCGGCUGCAACAGCGGCCGCAUCAGUUGUCACACUGUCGCCGCCGGCAACGAAUGCCACCAGUUCCGAUUGUGAUUCAGAUGAUGGCGAUUGCUCCAUGGGCAAUUCCAGCUGCGGCUCAGCUGCCUCGGUCGAUUGCAACUACAUGCGUCACAUAAGCGAUCACAGUUAUACGCGCUGCAACGAGAUGGAGACAAAUCUGGACACGCCCUCCGAUUCCGAUGAGGAAAUUGACGUUGUCUCGCUCAAUGACAAGAAAUUGCCGACAAAUCCGUCGGAUCGUGAUCGACGCGCUCUACAAACGAAUAUCGCCUACAAAAUCUCGAGUGAUGCCCGAAUCCUACAAUCCAAACGGUUCGAUCUACCCUAUACGCCGGCCAGCAGCAGUCCAGUUAAGUCCGUAGUCAAUUCGCGCUACGCCUCGCCGUCGAGCACGCCCUAUCAGGGCGCUGGCGCUGUGCCGGCCAGCUACUCGCCCGAAAGCCUCUCCCAGAGCAGCAGCAGUAGCAGCAGUAGCAGUAGCAGUAGCAGUAGCAUCAUCAGCGAUUGCACAACGCCGCCCGCAACGAUGUUGGAUGGCAAAGGCCGUAAGCCCUACUACAUGUCCGACUGCACGUCGAGGAUGUAUUCGAACAAGCGCAGCAAUAUGAUCAGCCUGGUCGCAGCGAAGAAGAGUCGCGUGAAGAAGGUGAACGCUGGCUACGUCCAGCGGCCGUCUAAGUUCCAUGAUUUGGAUGACAAGAGCCUGCUCGACUCCAUUGUCACAGGCGGCUCCGGCUCCGGCCCCGGCACUGGCACCGGCACCGUCACCGGCUCUGGCAUCGCGAAUCCGAGUCCCACUGUAAACGCCAUCACCAACAAAUACACCAACAACAGCAGCAACAUGCUAAAGCGCCAGCUCAGCAUAGACGAGGCGGACACGAUUGAGAAGCGCAAUCUGCAUAACGAUAUGGAGCGUCAGCGGCGCAUCGGGCUCAAGAAUCUGUUCGAGGCGCUGAAGACGCAGAUACCCAACAUACGGGACAAGGAGCGUGCGCCCAAGGUCAACAUAUUGCGCGAGGCGGCCAAGCUUUGCGAGCAUCUCACCAGCGAGGAGCGCGACCUCAGCCUCAAGCGCCAGCUCCUGAAGGCGAAGCUCAAGCAGCAGCAGGAGCUCCUCGCCCGCCUGCGCCUGAGUAAGAAUGCAGCUGAAUGAUGAUAGCGAUAGCCGUAAGUGGUGGGUAAAGGGUAAGCGGGGGGGAUCAUCAUUGUGGAUAUGGUUGGGGAAAGGCGGGCAGAACAAGGGGGGGAGGGACAUAAGGUUACAACGCGUUUGCAAGCGAUCCCGGCCAAGAUUAAUAUAUUGAAAAACAAAAGAAAGGCAAAAUAACCGAAUUGAUGACCAUAUGAAAAAGUGUUACACACAAAAGUUACACGAUAAUUCUUUUUAGUGUAUUUUGACGUAGGCUCACAGAAGCAUUUUUGAACUUCAAUAUCAGUUUUUAGUAUUAGCCAGUAGAGCGUACGAACGAUCGAUCGAACCAAGUCUCGAUGUUGAUAAUAACAAUAAUGAUAAUACAAAUAAAAAUAAUAAUGAUAACAACAAUGAUAAUGAUAAUGAUAAAGAUAAAGAUGACGAUGCUGUUAGAUGUACAAUUUUUUUUGUUUUUUUUUUAUAUAUGCUGCUUAAAACACAUCUAUGCAACGGAUGCUAUAAACAAACGAUCGUCGAAUAGAAUAGUUAAAAAAAAAAAAAACAGAUAAUACCAUAUAUAACCUACCCAUACAUGUUACUAGACAUGCUUUUGUGAAAGCUUUCAGAGCUUUGGCUUUAUAUACUGCUCUAUAUAGUUCAUAUAUAACUAUAUAUAUGUAAGCAUAUGUGUAUAUAUAUAUAUAUGAAUAUGUGUAUAUAUAUAUAUAUAUAUAUAUGUAGAUAUGUAUAUAUGUAUAGGUGUAUCUGUAAGAUAGUGAUUUAAAUUGGAUUUCUUUAAUGUGAUAUUUUUUGAUUUGAUUUUGAAGCAAGCAAAAUGCAAGUUGGAAGCAAAAACUAUAAACGAAAUGUUGAUAAUUAAGUAGAAUUAGGAGGGAAACGCGGAAAUGGUUUUUUUUUCAAUCCUUUGCCCCAAGCAAAUCCUCUUUUCUUAUCCUAUUUUGUACAUAUGCUUAGGAAUUUAGUUUCUAUUUACUUAACCAUGAAAUGAAUAAGAAUAACAAAAGAACAACAAGGACAAGACAAACAAACGGAGAAAACACAAAAAAACACAAAAACAAAACAAAAAAACAAAACAAAAAAACCAAAAAAAAAAACAAGAAAAA